AUGGGAUUCAUCAGUGGCAUGUUCAUUGGUUUCACAAUCGGUAUCCUAUUGAUCAUCGCUUUCGCUCGUCAAGAAAGCACUCGGUCCAAACGCCGCACUGAUUUGGCAAAGACGAUAGCAAGGUUUGCAAGGAUGACGGUGGAAGAUUCUAGAAAACUUUUGCCUCCAAAUUUCUAUCCACCAUGGGUGUUAAAUUGGCUUAAUGUUCAACUACAAAAGAUUUGGCCGUUCGUUGAUGAGGCAGCUUCCGAAUUGAUAAGAAACAAUGUUGAACCCAUUCUUGAACAAUAUAGGCCAGUGAUUUUGUCUUCUCUCACAUUUUCCAAGUUGACACUUGGUAAUGUAGCUCCACAAUUUACAGGGAUUUCAAUUAUUGAAGAGGAUAGUGGACCUAAUGGAAUCACAAUGGAGUUUGACAUGCAAUGGGAUGGUACCCCAAAUAUUGUUCUAGACAUUAAAACCAAAGUUGGUGUGGUACUUCCUGUGCAGGUAAAAAAUAUUGGAUUCACUGGGGUUUUCAGGUUGAUCUUCAAACCUCUAGUAAAUGAAUUCCCUGCUUUUGGAGCUGUCUGUUUUUCUCUAAGAGAAAAGAAAGCUUUGGAUUUUACUCUUAAGGUGGUUGGUGGCGAUAUUUCGUCUUUACCAGGGAUAUCUGAUGCUAUAGAGGAAACAAUUAGAGAUGCUAUUGAAGACUCUAUAACUUGGCCAGUACGCAAAAUUAUACCAAUUAUACCAGGAGAUUACAGUAACCUAGAAUUGAAACCAAUUGGAAUACUAGAUGUAAAGUUAGUGCAAGCAAAGAACUUAGCAAAUAAAGAUAUUAUUGGGAAAUCUGAUCCUUAUGCUGUUGUAUUUGUACGCCCACUUCGCAACAAAACCAAAACCAGUAAAACAAUAAGCAACCAAUUGAACCCAAUAUGGAAUGAACACUUUGAAUUCGUUAUUGAAGAUGCAUCAACACAACACUUGACCAUAAGAAUCUUCGACGACGAAGGAAUCCAAGCAGCAGAGCUUAUUGGUUGCGCCCAAGUUUCCUUAAAGGACCUUGAACCUGGUAAAGUCAAGGAUGUAUGGUUGAAGUUGGUUAAGGAUUUAGAAAUCCAGAGAGAUAACAAAUAUAGGGGUGAGGUGCACUUGGAGCUCUUGUACUGUCCACAUGGAGUUGAGAACACUUUUAAAAGCCCUUUUUCUCCUGAUUAUAAUUUAACCACGUUUGAGAAGACUCUCAAGAGUGGAUCUAGUGACUUAGAGGACGAUGAUAUUUCAAUAUCAUCAUCACGAUCAUCGUCGCGACCAUCAUCACAAUCAUCGUCGCGAAGGAGAAACAGUGUGAUUGUAAGAGGAGUUUUAUCAGUCACUGUAAUUUCAGCUGAAGAUUUGCCAGUAGUUGAUUUCAUGGGCAAGGCCGAUCCAUUUGUUGUCCUUUCAUUGAAAAAAUCAGAAAAGAAAGUCAAAACUAGAGUUGUAAAUGAAACCUUAAAUCCAGUAUGGAAUCAAACAUUUGACUUUGUUGUGGAGGAUGGUUUACACGACAUGUUAAUUGUUGAACUUUGGGAUCAUGAUACAUUUGGCAAGGAAAAAAUGGGGAAAGUGAUCAUGACACUAACAAAGGUGAUCUUAGAAGGGGAAUACCACGAAACAUUUAUUUUGGAUGAUGCCAAAUCUGGAAAGAUUAAUUUGCAUUUAAGGUGGACAGCACAACACAAGUACAGGGAACCUUAA